AUGCCUUUGGUCGCAGAUGUCUGGAAGCAAAUUGUAAUAGCAACCCAGCCUGACACGCACGUUGGACGAAAUGGUUCAGUUUUGUCAGUAUCCUCUCUGAAACAACUUGGCCAUGAACUUCGUUUGCCUGUGCAUAUAAUACCUAAAACCAAAUUUGGGUUCAAAAACUGGCAAGUACCUGCUCCGUUUAAUAUACCCAAGGACGGAGAAUCCCAUCCUUUAGAUUACUUUCUCAUCACCGCUUCAUUUGGUCGGAUUCUACCACACACCAUGCUCAAGCCUUUCGACCCUACACGCAGACUCAAUGUUCAUCCCUCCUUGUUACCUGCUUAUCGUGGACCUGCUCCUAUACAACAUGCUAUCAUGAACGGUGACAAAAAGACAGGUGUAUGCGUCAUCGAGAUGUUGAAGAGUUCCCAAGGAAUUGACGCUGGGGAUAUCUGGGCAAGUGAAUCGAUGGACAUUCCUGAAGACGCGAAUUUUAGCCAGAUGCGCGAUGCCCUAGCUGUUGCAGGUGGUCGGUUACUUGUAUCUGUUUUGAAGGACGCCAUGCAAAAUAAAGCUGUUGCUACUCCACAAGCAAGUGCUGAUAAUGCACCUCCUGCUCCACUGAUAAGCUCAAAGGACGCUUUUGCUGAUUUCCACAACAUGACCGCAGAGGAAAUCUAUUGGCGUUUCCGGGCUAUCAGCCAUCAGAAAGAAAUAUUUACACUCACUCCAGACGACAAGAUUCUCAAGCUUCGCCAAAUCGUGGUACCUAACGCUGGUCAAUUGGCUGACACUCAGUUGUCUUCGACCCCUGGACAUGCGGUAUACUCGAAAUCUAACAAAAUGAUUCUGAUCAGAUGCAAAGAUCAGACAGUCUUGGGAGUGACCACGGUCAGGCCUGAGGGCAAGGCAGAUCGUGAAGCGUUUGAGUUUUGGACUGGCCUGCGAAGUGUCAAAAAUGGGUCCGCGGAGGCAGUCUUUGGAAAGGUCCCAAGUUCUUAA